AUGUCUGCCGUCUCGCACGGCACCCGUCACCUUAGACAAGGUAUCGGCGGGACUAAACACUACGCUCCUGGAGCUGGUCCUGCUCGAUCCAUUCAUAUCCCUGCGUUUACACCACCACGAGCACCCCAGACAUCCGCUGCUCAACGGAUUUUUACAAACUCUCGCAACCUUGUCUCCAGAUUUUUUGCCCAUUUAACUACUCCAGGACUUGCGCAUUCUGCCUCAGUCGUCGCUCCGAGUCACUCGCUCGUCCGUCCUGCACAUUUCCAUUCCACUGCACAGAGCGUUAAGGCUUCGUACUCGCUCCCUGUGAGGAAUGCUCUUUACCGCCCCUUGUCUUUGCCGCACCUUCCUCGUCCCCCUCGCAUCCCCGGCAAUGUAGCCUAUGUUGGUCUGGGCACUGCUCGUUCAUUCCAUUCUGCGCGCCCCAUAUUCCAGAAUGUCGUUGAUAACGUCCCUAUUGCUACCCGUGCACUUUGGGAGGCUGAAUGGGAAUUUAAGGCAAAGAAGAAGGAGGAGCGCAGAUUGCGCAAAGCUAAGGAAAACGUGGCUCCCCCAAAGACCAAGGAGAUGCUCAAGCAAAAGCAAAAGCCCAUUGUUGCUGAGAUCCCCACCGGGAUCGACAUCUCUGAACUUGACCAUUACUUGCCGCAACCUGAUGUGCCAGAAGUAACGACAUACCUUCUCGUUCCUCUCGCACCUACUCCUACCGCUCGUCUGCCCCUAUCUGCACAGUCCACUACGGGAUCUAGCACACUCCAUCCGCUUCUUCCUGUAUCUGACAUUGCUGCUGCGCAUAGGAUGCAUCGCAACCAUUCGCUUCGUGUGUCCACUCUAUUCUCCCGAUUAGAUGCUGCGAAGGUAUGGGAUGAUCCUGGCGUCAGCGUUGAUGCCUACGCCUUUGGUACAAGUCCUGGCUUAUCAGAUAGCCAUCCAAACGAGAAGCAGUGCACAGUACUCCGGGUCACUUUUGCAGGUUGGACAGAUGUUCAAGUGCGCGGUGUCAUCGGAGAAAGCGGUCAAGGAUGGUGUGAACCCGAAGAAGUUUACCCAGACACUUUGUCACAUUCCUCACAGAUGAGCGCCGUCGAUGACGCAAAGGUUUUAUCAAGUCCUCAGUCCGUUGCUUCCAGUCUCGAGCUCGAUUCAGCAUGUGUGUCAGAAUUGGACUUCGACAAAGAUGCUGCUGUCGAAGUUGGUUCAGACUUCGAGCUUGAGUCGGAUGAAUGGGACUUUGGGCCCGGGUUAGCGCCCUCUCCCGAAUCACAGCAUAACUUCAUUCUGCCCACUCUCGACUUUUCGUCAUCAUUUGCGCAGGUUGCGUCUCCUACCCAGUCAUGGGCCCCAACGCCACAAAUCAUCCUUCGCACAGCAUCUGAGCUUGCCGAGGAGUCUGGCAAUGUAUGGUCCCCCACUUCCCUCUCGCCGUCGCUCUCUUGCGACUCCCUGUCUGAUCUGGGAAUAGACGCAGCACGUCAAUUUCCACAUGUCACAGAAAGUGAAAUGGAGAGGUCGUGGCUGGGGAUUAACAUGGGGCUGAGCUCCUCGUUCACUGAGAGACUUGAAAGUCCAUGGAUGGUAAGCCUUUUACCGGCGACGACUAAGACACUGGCCCCGUGCGGAGAUAUGCGCAAGGCUCUCUGUGUGCUCGGUACCAUCUCUGAGGAACUGGCUUCUCGACGUCAUUCGUUUUUGAAAAUUCCAAGUCCUGGGCAGAAAACCGAAGAGGUCCGGCGACAGCUGGUCGAACCAGCACCGUUGUCACGGUGUUUCCAAACGGUGACAUUCAUCUAUAAUAUGUAUUCAAAUUGGAGGGCAGUGGAAAGGCUUAGAAAAUAUUCUGCGGCAUCAGUGCUCGUCAUUAGUGAUGUACGCCUGCUUUCCGGCGUGCUUGAAUAUAUUAUAAUACAAAUUCUAGUGCCCCAGUUUGCCGACAGUAAAACGUCUGUCAUGCGCUAG